AGCGUCUUCUUGAACAUUGGUAUCAUCAAUGCAAUCUAUAAAUAACCCUCCCUCCCUUUGUCAUCAUUCAUCAGGACACCAAUCUCCAACACAAAUCUAUCAUUUACAAAAACUAAUAACCACAAAGCAUUCACUAAUGGAAGCAUCCUUCUUCUCACUGUUGUCCAAAACACCAUCACAGUUAUUCAGAAACUUCCAAGCCCUGAUACUCCUCAUCUCUAUCCUUCUCUUGCUGUGGCCCUCAUCUUCUUCCCUUUCUGUAGCAGCAGCAGCAGCAGCAGUAAAUCUAGAAGCAGAGGCUCUUCUGACAUGGAAAGCCACUCUACAGAACCAGCACCAAUUCAACUACCACCCUCUCUCUUCGUGGUCUGCACAAACCAGCCCUUGUGCUUGGUUCGGCAUCUUCUGCAAUAAUCAGGGGAGCAUUGCCAAUAUAACUCUUGUGGGUACUGGUCUCAAAGCUACCCUUGAAGUCUUCAGUUUCUCUUCGUUCCCAAACCUUGUCUCCCUCAACUUACAAAACAACUCCCUUUAUGGUCCCAUUCCUUCGCAUAUCGCAAACCUAUCCAAACUUUCCUUUCUUGAUCUGUCUCUCAAUGGUUUCUAUGGUAGCAUCCCCUCCGAGAUUGGUUCAUUAGUGAGAUUGAGCUCACUUUCAUUCACAAGCAACAACCUCAAUGGCUCCAUCCCAACUUCCUUUGCUAACUUGACACAGCUAUUGUCUCUUGGUUUAGAUAGAAACCAAUUGAGCGGGUACAUUCCCCAAGAAAUUGGCAAGCUCGCAUCUUUGACCACCCUCGACUUUACCCUCAACAAGAUUACCGGUCCAAUCCAAGCAGGGAUCGGGAAUCUGACAAACUUGUCAAUCUUGCGUCUUGGCUGGAACAAUCUAUAUGGUCCCAUUCCUGAAGAGCUUGGUCUUUUGAGAGGUCUUGUAAAGCUGGACUUGUCGACUAAUAAUCUCACUGGCGAAAUUCCAGCUUAUUUAGGGAACCUGACACUGCUCGACAAUCUUUUCCUUUCUUCAAACAAGCUUUCUGGGAAUAUUCCAAGCGAGCUGGGAAAGUUGACCUCGCUGAGUGACUUUCAGCUAUACACCAAUCGCCUGACAGGCCCCAUUCCACCUUCUAUUGGUAACCUGUCCAGAUUGAAUAUGCUGGCAUUUUCAGGAAACCAACUUUCUGGUUCCAUUCCUGAAGAAAUUGGGAUGAUGAGAUCUCUUAUCGUCAUCAACUUGAACACCAACGUUCUCACUGGCUCGAUCCCUGCAUCAAUUGCAAACAUUCCCAACAUUUCUUACAUCGGCUUUGCAGGCAACAGACUUUCCGGAAUUGUGCCUGUAGAGUUCAGUAAUCUCACAUUUCUUCAAGGUUUCGAUGUUCCUGCCAACAAACUCACAGGCUCUCUUCCUCCUGAUAUUUGCAUAGGCGGGGUCCUGAAAGUUUUCACCGCUUACAACAACUCUCUCACAGGUCCUAUUCCCAGAAGCUUGAAGAAUUGCAGCACUUUGACAAGGCUUAGGCUUGAAAAGAACCAACUCACAGGAAACAUAUCACAGGAUCUUGGUGUUUACCCUGAUUUGAACUACGCAGACUUAAGCGACAACAAGUUACAAGGCGAACUCCGAUCAUGGAACUGGGGGAGUUUAUACAACUUGUCAACAUUGAAGCUCGCCAGGAACAAUAUCUCCGGGGAAAUACCCGCAGAGGUCGGGAAAGCACCACAUCUGAACUUACUGGACCUCUCUUCCAACCGCCUGACCGGAUUGAUCCCCGGGGAACUCAGCCAAUUGAGGUUGUACAGCCUUUCCCUCAAUGGAAAUCUGCUUUACGGUCACCUCCCACCGAGAUUGGGGAAUCUUUCGUACCUAGAAUAUCUCAACCUAGCAGCUAACAAUCUCAACAGUUCAAUUCCAAAUGAGCUGGGCAACUGCACCAAACUACUGUCGUUGAAUCUCAGCACAAACCAGUUGACGGGCUUUGUUCCUCCAGAGAUUGGAGAUCUGAAGGCUCUCAUGAGUCUUGACCUUAGCCACAACUUUCUCACCGCAGAUAUUCCCCGAGAGAUUGGAGGCUUGCUGUUCUUGGAGACUCUGAAUCUCUCCCACAACUCAUUCGUAGGUUCCAUCCCUCCUGGGCUUGCCAAUGUGCUGAGCCUAAGAGAUGUGAAUGUGUCCUAUAAUCAACUAGAAGGCCCCAUUCCAGACAUGGAAUCCUUCCGACGAGCUCCAUUCGAAGCGCUGAGAAACAACAGAGAUCUCUGCGGCAACAACUCCGUUCUAAACCCUUGUCCGCUCGAAAACCCCACAGCAAAAGCGGGCAAGCAAUCCGAUGCGAGCAUAAUCGUUUUCCCUAUCUUAGGGGGUGGGAUUCUACUGAUUUCACUGGCGACAGUCGCCGCGUUCUUCGUUUAUCGAAGAAUCAAAGCCAGAAAGGCCAGUACGGGAAACGAAUACUUACAGGUUUUCGCGAUCUGGACCGACGAGGCGGCACUGACGUACGAGAGCAUCAUUCAGGCCACAGAAUCGUUCGAUUCCAGGCACCAGAUAGGGUCCGGGUCGAGCGGGUCGGUAUACAAAGCGGCGCUACAGUCGACCACCAAACAGAACCAGGUCGUGGCCGUGAAGAAACUCCACGAUCAAUCUGGAGAAGGAGUCGAGAGAUUGAAGGCGAAUUGGAGGGCGUUCAGGAGCGAGAUUCGGGCGCUGACGAACAUCAAGCAUCGGAACAUUGUGAAGCUGUACGGGUUCUUCUCGAAUGCCCAGCACUCGCUUCUGGUGUACGAGUUCAUGGAGAGAGGGAGCCUGCGGAGCGUUUUGGACGAUGCGGAGAAGGCCAAGGAGUUGGAUUGGGAGGAUCGGGUGAAGAUUGUGAAAGGGAUUGCGAGCGCGCUGUCGUAUAUGCACCAUGACUGCCGUCCGCCGAUUGUUCACAGAGACAUUUCGUCGAACAAUGUGCUGCUGGAUUUGGACUUCGAGGCCAAGCUCUCUGAUUUCGGCACGGCGCGGCUCCUGAGGCCCGACGACAGGGUUUCCACGACCUCGUUUGCUGCUGGCACUUAUGGCUAUAUGGCUCCAGAGAGAGCUUAUUCGAAGAAAGUGGACGAGAAAUGGGAUGUGUAUGGCUUUGGAGUGGUGGCGUUGGAAGUGAUAAUUGGAAAGCAUCCAGGAGACCUCAUCUCGUCACUCACAACAACAACAAAAACAACAUCACCAUCGUCUUUGUUGAAAGACAUCAUCGAUGAUCGAAUCACGCAGCCUGGUGAGGAUGGCGAAGUUGCAAAAGGAGUGUUUGCUAUAGCAAAGUUUGCAUUGGCUUGUGUCCGUGCUGAGCCUAGCUCUCGACCAACUAUGCAGGAAGUUACGAUGGACAUGGUUACUUUUGCGAUUCCUCCGCUGACUCAACCCUUCUCCCAAGUCUCACUGGAAGAAUUGUUUGCCCUAGUUGACUAG